AUGAAAUAUUUCCUUCUUUUGUUAUUCAUUUGCGGUGUUUCAUCAAAAAAGGGAUUUGAUGGAAUUCAAGCGAUUUCUCAAUCGACAUUCGAUUGUUUGAAGAAAAAUGGAUACGAUUUCUUUGUCGCACGAAUUUGGCAAGAGGUUAAUAACUACGAUGAGACUGGAAUCGCAAACAUCAAACACGCGAGAGCAGCUGGAUGGACCGAUGUUGAUGGAUACAUUUAUCCGUGUACAAAAUCCUCAUGUCCAAGUGGUCAAGCACAAGUCGAAGCAGCUUUGAAUCGACUCAAAACUGAGGGAGCAAAAAUCAACACCUUGUGGAUGGAUAUUGAGGGUACAUGGCCAUCUGAUACAAAACACAAUCAACAAUUCAUUGAGGGAAUGGUUUCAGCUGCAAAGAAAGCUGGCGUGAAGACGGGAAUCUAUUCGGGUCAAUAUUCGUGGCCACAAAUUGUCGGAAAUUGGAAUGGAAUGGAUGGGGAACCAUUGUGGUGGCCGAAUUAUAAUGGACAUGAAAAUAAUGAUAAUUUCCCCCAUUAUGGUGGUUGGACCAAGGCCACAAUGCAUCAAUACAAAGGAACAACAUCGGGACCUUGUGGAGUUUCGAUGGAUCUCAAUUAUAAACCA